AUGCCGCCGUCCUAUCAAAUAAUUGAGCAUGAUGUGCCGCAAUCUUACCGGUAACUAUUUUUAUCCUUAAUUUAUUUAAUUCUUCACCUACUAAUUUCAUGAAUUAAGAGAUGAAAUAUUGAAAUGGAACGGUUGGGGAUACACCGAUUCUCAGUUUGCUAUAAACAAACAAGGACAUGUUACAUUCACUGGAAAAAAGUAGGAGAAACAUAUGAAAUUAUUUUGGAAAACCUCAGUUUGAGGUACGAUAUCUCUGGAAAAGUUAUGCCUCAUUUUCGGCCAUGGUUUGAAAACUAUCUCGGAAUAGAUCUUGACUUCAGUACUCCUACACAGAAACUAUCAGAUGUUGUUAUCGACGCUCCAAUAGAGAGCGAGGAUAUUAUUGAAUUUUUGCGUGAGAACAGCAUUUCAUUCUCAAACGCUCCCAAAAUCCGACUUAUGCGAGGCCACGGACAUACAGUUCAUGACAUGGUCAACUUGAGAGAAGGAAAAAUUCCACGCCUUCCUGACAUUGUUGUGUGGCCAAAAACUGAACAAGAUAUAGUCAAGGUGACCGAUCACUGCAGAGUGCACAGAAGUUCCUAGGAAAGUCUUUCAGAUUAUUGAAGGAGCUAUGAGUCAUAACUGCGCAAUAAUUCCAAUUGGAGGAGGCACUUCGGUAACUAAUGCUCUUGACUGCCCAACCAGUGAAAAGCGUGCUAUUCUGUCACUUGAUAUGGCUCUUCUUGACACUAUUCUGUGGAUCGACCGUGAGAAUCUUACAUGUCGUGCACAAGCGGGCAUAAUCGGUCAAUCUCUCGAGCAACAACUCAACAAAAAAGGCUUUACGUGUGGACACGAACCGGAUUCUAUUGAGUUCUCGACGUUAGGUGGAUGGGUAUCUACUAGAGCUAGCGGAAUGAAAAAAAACAAGUUACUCAAUGAACCGUGUUCCAGAAAAAUACCAUUUUUAGAUACGGAAAUAUUGAAGACCUUGUUGUACAUAUCAAUUUUGUAUGUCCGAAAGGAAUAAUCCAGAAGCAAUGCCAAGUUCCGCGCAUAUCUUCGGGACCUGAUAUUCAUCAAAUUAUUCUCGGAUCAGAAGGAACGCUCGGAGUUGUCUCAGAAGUGACCAUAAAAAUUUUUCCGUUGGCAGAAGCCAAACGUUACGGUAGCUUCGUGUUCCCAAACUUCGAGCACGGAGUGAAUUUCUUCCGUGAGGUAGCGUGCCGAAGAAUCCAGCCCGCAUCUUUAAGACUUAUGGAUAAUGAUCAAUUUGUGAUGGGGCAAGCUUUGAAAGUUGCGUCAAACUCAUGGUGGAAUAGUUUGAAAAGUUCUGUUAGCAAAAUGUACAUUACUACUUGGAAAGGUUUCAAACCGAAUGAAGUAUGUGCAGCGACAUGCGUUUACGAAGGAACUUACGAUGAAGUUGUUCAACAAGAAGACCGCUUAAAUAAGCUGGCCGCUGAUUUUCACGGAGUUGUUGGAGGGGAGGAAAAUGGCCAAUAUGGGUAUCGAUUGACCUUUGCUAUCGCAUAUUUGAGGGUAAGCUGAUUAUAUGCAGUAUGCUUUUUGUGAAUAUAGACAAUUUUCACCAAAAAAAAUUUACUGUCUUUUAUUUUUUGCGGCUCUACCGUAUAACUGCCGCAAGCCACAAAUGUGGAACUUCGUCUUGAGCAGUGUGUGGUUUCGGAAGAAUGAAACUCGAAAGAGGCUGAUUUCGAAGGAAUUGCGAUUUCUGUCGACAGAUUCUCUCGUAUUUCUUGCGAGAGAAAACCGAUUUUCUUCCGGAAGAUUCUCUCGCAUUUCUUUCGGAAGAAACGCGAGAGAAUCUGUCGAUUUUCUUUCGAUAGAAAUUCAAAAGAAAUUCGGCAGAUCUGCCGAAAGAAAUUCGGUUUUUCCUUUUUUUAAAUCUUUUAAAUAAAUUUUUUCACAGCCUGAAAAAAAUUUAAAAAAAAAGAAAAAAAAUGUAAUAAUUUAUUUUUUAAUUAAAAAAAAAUUUUUUUUUCACUGACUGAAAAAAUUAAAUCGAAUUAAUGUCGUUAAAAUCUCGCUUUUCUUUCGAGAGAUCUUGCGAAAGAAAUUCGGUUUUAAGUUACUGAUCUAAACGCGACCUAAUUAGAUUCGACUGUCUUUUCUUGACGCAAUCGCGAUUUGAGCCAGCAGACGGUUGGCGUGAAACUUGAUUUGAGCACUUAUUAAUCUAGCUAGAAGAUUUAUUAAUCUAGCUAGACAAUUUAUUAAUCUAUCACACACUAGUCUCGAGUAGGCGAAUGUAAUGUCGAGAGUCGAAAAAAUAUAUAUUGAAGGUGUGAUGCACGAAAAAAGUGACAUAUUUUUAAAGUGAAGUUUAAAGUGGGGGAUUUAUGUUCCCAAAGUAUCAAAUUUUGAAAAAAAUUUCCUGAAUUUUGGUGCAUUUUCCAAGAAAGCUAAUAGUAAGGAGACAGCGAGAAGGACACGGCGGGUGGAGUUUUCUAGUCCCCGGCCGCCGAAUUUGAAAAAAGUUUGAAUCCGUUUCGCUGUCCUCGAGGCCAUCCAUAAAGACACAAAAAUAUCGAAUUUUAGGGUCAGAAGCGAAAGUCUAGCAGAAUUAUGCGACUGCCGCACGAAAAAUCGACAACCGCGUGUCAGAGUUAAGCGGAAGAACUUAACGGAAGAACACGGAAGAAUUUGUAUAUUUUUUAGAAAAUUUUUUCAUGGAAUGUGAUCAACUGACGAAAUGUAUAACAAAGUGAACUCUGCUCAUAGAAAAAUAAUUGUAAAUUUAAAUUUUCAUACAAAAAAGUUAUUCGAGUUGUUCCGUGAAAAUCCUUCCGUCUUCCGUUAGCCCUUUUUUCACGCAACAACUCGAAUUUUCAAUACAUUUCGCCAGUUGAUCACAUUCCAUGAAAACAUUUUCUAAAAAAGAUAAAAAUUCUUCCGUGUUCUUCCGUUGAGUUCUUCCGCUCAACUCUGCCGCGUGUACUUCUCGUGGUCUCCUUAGCUUUUUUUUGCAAGAAUUCACCAAAAUUCGGAAAAAAUUUUAUGGGCUCGUUGCCAACUACGAUUCUGAUGUCGAACUUUUUUUUUCAACAGUAACUCACUUAUUCCAGACUUGCAACGGGCCGGGCCGGGCCAAAAUUGGAAAUUUUCCGGCUCGGCCCGGCCCGGCCUAGCCCGGCCCGGGAGGAUGCACCUAAAAAUUCAAAGCGAACUAGAACUUCGAAACGAACAUAAUUUUAUAGACUUAAAAUUUUAUAGACUUAAAAAGGCAAUGUUAUAGCAUAAAAACCUGUUAAAAAAUAGAAAUUGCUGUUUAAGAGGCAAUGUCUGAGAAGUUCAAAUACUGCAGGUCACUAAAAAUUCAGAAUGCUUCAAUUUGUCCCAUAUUAUACCAAAUGGGUACUUACAUAACAAUCAUACAUCAGACAAGUUUUGGUCCGGCUCCGUGGUCCCUUGUCCGAUCACGGUCACAAAAAUAGGUCAAACCUGUAACUAAUUUCAAAAAUGCUAGCGUCUCAGACUCAACGCCAUUGGAUUCUUCGCAUCUUUUUUUGAGUAUAUUUCAUGUUGGCACCAAAAAUUUGGCACCUCUCCUUUAUGGAGAACAAAAUUGGUUUGUGACAUUUUUCAGAAAAUGUUUCAGUUUUCUGCUCGUCAUGAAAAAUUUUAGCACUACAUAGCCAUGAUUUUAUUGCUGAUUCUGAAUCUAGACAUUAUUGUGCUUCUGCAAAAAAAAAGUUCACCCCGAUCCCAAUUGACAUCAAGGGGUUUUUUGGCCGAAAUUCACAAAAUUUAGAGUACUUUUGCAUGGAAAAAUGUUCGCGAACUUGAGAAAAGUGCGUUUUCUCAAUUUUCAAAGGGGCCUGAUCGCGAUAUUUGUUGUUUUUCGUAUACUUUUAGGCAUUCUUGAUUUUUUUGAAGCAUUUCGAAAAAUUAAUUUUUUUCUCGAAAAUUUUGUCAUGACCCCCGGGUCGACGACUUGGUCUAAUUUUUUUAUUAAUUUUCAAAAAUGCUUCCAAAAAAAUCGAGAAUGCCUAAAAAGUAUACGAAAACAACAAAAAUCGCAAUCAGACCCCUUAGAAAAUUGAGAAAACGCACUUUUCUCAAGUUCGCGAACAUUUUUCCAUGCAAAAGUACUACGAAUUUUGUGAAUUUCGGCCUAAAAACCCCUUGAUGUCAAUCAGGAUCGGGGUGCACUUUUUUUUUGCCGACGCACAAUAACGUCUAGAUUCAGAAUCAGCAAUAAAAUCAUGGCUAUGUAGUGUUAAAAUUUUUCAGGACGAGCAGAAAACUGAAAAAUGUUCUGAAAAAUGUCAUAAAACAAUAUUUUUCUCCAUGAAGGAGAGGUGCUAAAUUUUUGGUGCCAACAUGAAAAGUGCUUAAAAAGAUGCGAGAAAUCGAAUGGUGUUGAGUCUGAGACGCUAGAAUUUUUUUGAAAUUAGUUACAGUUUUUACCUUUUUUGGGAUCGUGAUCGGACUAGGGACCACGGAGCCGGAUCAAAGCUUGUCUGAUGUAUGACUGUUAUGUAAGUACCCAUUGGGUAUAAUAUGGGACAAAUUGAAGCAUUCUGAAUUUUUAGUGACCUGGUGUAAUUAGCGAAUUUCGAGGUUCUCAGACAUUGCCUUUUAAAGUCGCAAAAUUUUCACAAAAAUUACGAAAAUUUUCUCAAGAGUGGGCGGAGCCGGCCCGACCGGGCCGGGCCGGGCCGGCCCGGGAUUUGGCAAGUCUGACUUAUUCUUUAAAUGACUUUAAAAUGACCAUUGGCCGGCAAUAGCCAUUGGUCAAGUAGAAUACAAUAUACUAGGUGGGGGGAUCUUUUCUAUGCGCGAUGCAAAAAGCCUCCGAAGACAGUCUUUCGGGAAACAACUUGGCCACUCGGUUCCAUAGGGCAAGAUGGGUAUGCAAGAAGAGUCAUGGGGUUGGCCUAGGGAGGAAAGAUGAUACGGGUAACGGAGGGGAGACGCCGGGUUUGAGGAACAAGUUUAGGGAGGGGAAAUGGUUUUUGUGAGAAAUUUGGGAAAUAUAAAUCCCCCACGUUGAUCUUCACUUUAAAAAUAUGUUACUUUUUAGUGCACCUCACCUUUAAAAAUAUUUUUUAAAAUUUUCUCCAAAUCGUGAUACACGAUCAAUCGACGCUGUUUGACAAUCUGCAGACUUCUCUUUAAACAACUUAAACUCUACUUAAACUCUUAAACUCCUAAACUCUUAAACUCUUAAACUCUUAAACAACUUGUACUCUUUAAACAACACUUUAAACAAAUUAAAUUGUAGGAUCUCGGAAUGAACCAUGGCGUUCUUGGAGAAUCGUUCGAAACUUCUGUGCCCUGGGACAAAGUACUCAGUCUCUGCCGGAACGUAAAAGAUUUAAUGCGACGUGAAGCAAAAAAUCAGGGCGUGAAACAUCCUGUUCUGGCCAGCUGUAGAGUCACGCAAGUCUACGAUGCCGGAGCGUGUGUCUACUUCUAUUUCGGUUUCAACGCCAAAGACCUACCGAACGGUCUUCAGGUGUAUGAUAGAAUUGAGGUAUGGUCUACUAUAAAUCUCGAAAUAGAAACCACAAUUCGCCGAUAUAUCGCGGUAGUAUGGCGUUUUUUAGCAAGCAGCAAAAACCCAUUAGCUCAAACUGGGCCGAAUAGGCUGGUCAAACAGGCGCACGGCCCGGCAAUUCAUACAAUGGCCGAGAAAAAUGCGUGGAUUAAAUACUCAGCCCAGCGAUUUCGCUGCUGUGGACUUGCGUCGAAAGUAUACAAGAAAAAAAACACGUCGAAAGUAUACAAGAAAACAUGAUUUUGACAGUAAUUGCAGACAUUUUCGACUAGAAUUGAUUUUUUCAUUUCUCGGCAGUUACACUUCCAAAAAUACAUUUCUCGGUAUCUCUAGACGUUCUAUGUGUAAAAAAUGUUAGAAGUAUAUAAUAAAAAAAAAAUGAAAACUACGAAUACAUGAAAAUAUUAGCGGAGAUUCGUAGGAAACGCCGGCGGAACUCGAGGCGAACUUAUGAACGGAGUUCCCCUAGCCAUAAUUAGCCCUAAAUUUAUUAAUUCGGGGAGAAUUGUGUCUUCCAAUUUUUAUUAUAUUUGAGAGGAGAGUUUCCGGCGCAUAUCCUUUCGAUGUAGAGCAUUCACAUGCCAGCGUUCUGAAUUGACGAUAAUCAGCGUUCUGACUUGUUGAUGAGAGUGUUGACUCCACGCAAUAACCGGAUCGGGUCCAUGCCUUGCAGGCUUCUUGGACUUGGCUUGAAACAUCUUUGAUCCAAGUUUAGAGGCUGGAAAAGCCGAACUUUUUUUGAAAAUUGCGGCCUUUUCGGCCUUACACCCUUAUAUCUCGUGGAAAUUCUUGAAAAAUCGAAAAAAAAAGUUGAGAUUUUGAUCAUAGAGGGCUUUGAUUUUUUGCUAAAAGUUUCUCACUAUUCUAUUCGAUGAUUUGAGCCAGGACUCCGAUCGAUGUAAGGUUUCUGAAGACGUCACGGAGCAGAAUUCUCGAUUUUUAGUGAAUGUUACAAAAACUUCGAUAGAAAAAGUAGAGAUUUUGUUCACAGAGGGCUCUGAUUUUUUGCCAAAAGUUUCUCACUCUUAUAUUUGAUGAUUUAAGCCAGGACUCCGAUCGAUGUAAGGUUUCUGAAAACGUCACGGAGCGGAAAUCUCAAUGUUUAGCGAAUGUUACAAAAACUUCGAACUGUUACAAAAACCUGUGAAAAUUAAUAAAAACUGAAGUAAAAGUAAGGUAAUGUAUAAACUUCAAUGACAAAACACGAAUGAAUCAUUUAAAACUGCCAGAUAAUCUUUUAUAGCAGAUAAUCCAGUUCGUGUGUUGAAAAAACACACGUGGCCGAAGUUUCGCAAGGCGCAAAAUUUUCUCGGCCAAUGUAUGAAUUGCCGGCCCGUGAGGCGCCUAAUGCCGCGUCCAAUGUCUCGGAAAAACCGUAAAAACCGCAGAUUUUUCUGUCCAAAGUCGGCCGAAAUUUGCGUGAAAAACGGGGGUGUGCACAGCUCAACGAAUGUAACCAUACCCCCGCCCUUGACCUGGACUUUUGAACCACUUGCAAUAUUCCGAUCAGACCCAAACUUUGCAGGAUUGUUGGACUUGGAUUGAGGGCCAUUGGGUCCAAGUUUCAGCCCGAUCGGAUCGUCGGGUCCCGAGAUAUGUGGAUCAUUGGCCGAUUUUUUCCAAAAAGCCCGGGCUUCCGACCAAUUUCGGCCAAUGAUCCACAUUUCUCGGGACCAAAUAAUCCGAUCGGGCUGAAACUUGGUCCCAAUAUGAAAAUUAACAGCGCCGUACUUUUUUAUGAUCCACCUUCAAAACGUGCGUUGUGACUGUGGCAAUUCGAUAUUAAUCUGAUUAGAAAGUUACCAAUCUCAUCGCAACCUAAUCAGAUUAGGCUAUUUUUUCUUUGCGCAAUCGAGAUUUGAGCCAGCAAAGGGUGGACGUGAAAACUGAUUUGAGCACUUUUUAAUCUAGAUAGAAGAUUUAUUAAUGUAUCUAGACAAUUUACUAAUCUAAUUAGGUGUCGUAUUAACCUAAUUAGGCCCUAUAACUCGAGUAGACUACUAUUAGAUUAAUAACGAAAUGCCAGAGGUUUCUUCUGCAAUUUUGCCACGUUCUUCUCUCGCGCUCGGAGUGAGCUGUUCUUGCACAAAAAAUUACCGGAAAGGUUUUCAGACAGCUGCUCGCGAUGAAAUAAUAGCUUGUGGUGGAAGUAUUUCGCAUCAUCACGGAGUUGGAAAAAUUCGAAAACAAUGGAUGCUUACAACCAAUGGCGCAGUUGGAAUAGCUUUGCUGAAAGCUAUCAAAAGCGAACUUGACCCAGCAAAUAUAUUUGCAAGUGCUAAUCUAAUUGAUAUUAUUGGUUCGCCCCACUCGAAGCUUUGAUCGUGAUCACAUUAUUUUGCCCACUCCUCUGGUAAACCGAGUUCAGUCUAAUUUAAGUUAGUUUCGAUAUUUUGAAGUUCAACUAUUUAGUUACACUUACACUUUGUCAAGUCUAAUUAGUUAAAUUACGAUUCUAUCUACUGUUGAAAAAAAAGGUUCGACAUAAGAAUCGAAUCUGGCAGCGUGCCAAGGCCCUGCCUCCCAAACGCAUAUGCUGCGCGCGAUUGUUGCAACAUGCCGCACGCUUUAUUGUUCUUCGCUUCGUCUUUUUUUUUAUUUUUCGGCUGAAAAUCAACAGAAACUUCGGUUUUUCUCAUUUUUUACCCGUAUUUAUUCAUUUCAAUCGUCUUUUGCUAUAAAAAAUCAACUUUGAAAACAGAUUUAUCGACUUUUAGCUUGAAUUUUCGAACAUUUAUCGAUUUCUGUUUUUCUCCUUUCGAUUUCGCUGAAUUUGAGAAUUUUCAGGUCUUCCACCGUCGGAAAAGUCGAACAAGCAACAAAUGGGCAUGGAUUUCUUCUUUUCGUGUUAGUUUUUGACGUAACAAUAAUUUUCUCUCCGUCAGCGUUUACAGACUCCACUCCUCCGCCGUCAGCACAACGGAAAGCUGAAGAAGCAUCUCCCGAUGGAUGA